UGACUUGUUUACAAUAUCGCUUCGCAAUUAAUAGAUUUGCAAAUAUCGAGAAUUACUAAAAAACAUUUACAUUUUUGUGUAACUUAUUAUACUACCAAAAUGAGGCGACGAGCAGGUGUUGGUGCCAUACAAAAGCAGAAAUUAGAACAAGAAAAGUACAGAGAAAAAGGUUCAGAAAUACAAGAAAAUCAGUUCCAACAGAUGUCUAAACAGUUAGAAGUGUUUAGAGAGAACCUUGAAGAUUUUGCCACAAAGCAUAAAAAUGAAAUAAAAAAGAACGCUCAAUUUAGAAGACAGUUUCAAGAAAUGUGCGCUGCAAUUGGUGUCGACCCUCUUGCUUCAGGCAAAGGGUUUUGGUCAGUUUUAGGUAUCGGCGAUUUUUACUACGAAUUAGGGGUACAGAUAGUUGAAGUAUGUUUGGCGACUAAUUAUAAGAAUGGCGGCUUGAUAACUUUAGACGAAUUGAGGAGUAGAUUGGUGGCGGCGCGCGGGAGGGCAAAGAAGCACCAGGAUAUCACCAAUGAGGAUCUAUUGGCUGCUGUUAAGAAGUUGAGGAUCUUCGGAAAUGGUUUUACUGUAAUUUCUAUAGGCAAAGGCAAAUGGCUCGUUCAAUCAGUUCCUGGUGAAUUGAACCUCGAUCAGACAUUGGUACUGCAGAAAGCGAGCACUUUGGGCACAGCCUGGAUAUCUUCUAGUAUACUUACUGGAGAUUUAGGAUGGAACGAAACCCGUGCACAAAAUGCUCUCAAUCAUAUGGUCAAGGAAGGUCUGGCCUGGAUUGAUACUCAAGAUACAACUGAAACUUUAUAUUGGUUCCCCAGUAUGUUUGCAGAAUGCGUCUCUGCGUAAAUAUCUAAUAAAUAAUAUGU